CUGAGGCACUUUGUAACAAACUAUGGUUUAAAAUGAAACCGGCAGGGACCUCAGUGCACUUUGCCUAAAGGAGCCUUGUAUGAUUCUGGAUUAACCAUGAAAGACUUAAUGAACAUUCCACUCGUACAUAUCUUCACCCUGGCGGCCUUCAGCUUAGCUGAAAAACUUCCAAAAGCUCCCCUUAUCAACACUCCUCUGGAAACCGUGGACGCACUAGUAGAAGAGGUCACUAAAUUCAUGUGUGUAGUGGACUCCUACCCCGAGCCAGAGAUUACCUGGACACGUAACAACAUUCCCAUCAGGCUGUUUGAUACACGAUACAGCAUACAAGAGAAGGGGCAGCUUCUGACCAUUCGCAGCGUAGAGGACAGCGAUGAUGGCGUAUACUGCUGCUCGGCUGACAAUGGAGUUGGAGUGCCUGCAAGAAGCUGUGGGGCUUUACAGGUGAAAAUGAAACCUAAAAUAACUCGUCCUCCUGUAAAUGUAAAAAUAAUAGAAGGAUUAAAAGCUGUUCUUCCUUGUGCUACCAUGGGGAAUCCCAAACCUUCUGUCUCUUGGAUCAAGGGAGAAACCGUUCUAAAGGAAAAUGCUCGGAUUGCUGUUCUGGAAUCAGGGAGUCUAAGGAUCCAUAAUGUUCAAAGAGAAGAUGCAGGACAUUAUCGCUGUGUAGCAAAGAACAGCCUGGGCACAGCCUAUUCGAAACCUGUCACAAUGGAUGUGGAAGUUUUUGCCAGAAUCCUGAAGGCUCCUGAAUCCCAUAAUGUCACCUUUGGGUCUGUGGUGACUCUGCAGUGCACGGCAACAGGCAUUCCCAUUCCCACUGUCACAUGGCUUGAAAAUGGAAAAGCUGUUUCUGCAGGAUCUAUAGUCGAAAGCGUGAAAGACAGAGUGAUCGACUCCCGACUGCAAGCGUACGUCACCAGGCCAGGCUUGUUCACUUGCAUUGCCACCAACAAACACAGCAAAACCUUUGGCACUGCAAAAGCUGCAGCAACUAUCAGUGUGUCAGAAUGGAGCAAACUGUACAAGGGUGAUACAGGCUACUGCAGCACAUACAGAGGUGAGGUGUGUAGUGCUAUCUUGGUGAAGGAUGCUCUUGUUUUCUUCAACUCCUCCUAUGCUGACCCAGAGGAGACCCAAGAGCUGCUUGUUCAUACUGCCUGGACUGAACUGAAAACGGUGAGUUCAUUCUGCCACCCGGCUGCUGAGUCUCUGCUGUGUAACUACAUCUUCCAGGAGUGCAAUCCCUCCGGACUUGGACCGGCUCCAAAGCCUGUGUGCAGAGAGCAUUGCCUUGCGGUAAAGGAUCUCUACUGCUUUAAGGAAUGGCUCUCACUGGAGGAGAAUUCCCAGAAAGGGAUUUACAAACCAGGAUUAAUGCUGCUUGCUCUACCUGAAUGCAACAGACUUCCCAGCCUGCACCAGGACCCCAAGGCCUGCACCAGGAUUCCAUAUUUCGAUUUUGAGACAGAAAAUACAACCACAACUUGCUACAAAGGCAAUGGCAGGUUCUACCAGGGUUCUGUCAAUGUCACAACCUCAGGCAUUCCUUGCCAGAAGUGGAGUGAACAGGUACCCCAUUUGCACAGAAGGACCCCUCAGGUUUUCCCAGAGCUGUCAAAUGCAGAGAACUCUUGUCGUAAUCCAGGAGGGGAAAAUGAACGUCCCUGGUGUUACACAAAGGACCAUUCUGUAAACUGGGAAUACUGCAGUGUGCCUCUUUGUGGAGAGGUAUCCAUAUCACCAGGAACAAAAAAACCAAGUGUAGAGACUCCCAAUCUCCCUUCCUCUUUCUCCCCUACCUACUCCAUGACUGUCAUCAUUUCCAUCAUCUCCAGCUUUGCAUUGAUAGUGAUUCUCAUUAUCAUUGCUCUUGUUUGCUGCCGAAGACGAAAACAAUGGAAAAACAAAAAGAGGGAGUCACAAGCACCAGCGCUAACCACUCUUCCAUCAGAGCUCCUAUUGGACAGACUUCAUCCUAACCCCAUGUAUCAGCGCAUACCCCUUCUCCUGAAUCCUAAAUUACUCAGCCUGGAAUACCCAAGAAACAAUAUUGAAUACGUGAGAGAUAUUGGAGAAGGAGCAUUUGGAAGGGUCUUUCAAGCAAGGGCUCCUGGAUUGCUUCCUUCUGAGCCAUUCACAAUGGUGGCAGUGAAAAUGCUGAAGGAAGAAGCUUCGGCAGACAUGCAGGCUGAUUUCCAGAGGGAGGCGGCUCUCAUGGCAGAAUUUGAUAACCCAAAUAUCGUCAAACUGUUAGGGGUGUGUGCUGUUGGGAAACCCAUGUGUCUGCUGUUUGAAUACAUGGCUUACGGGGAUCUCAAUGAGUACCUACGCACUCGCUCACCGCAUAACCUCUGCAGCCUGAGGCACAAUAACCUUGAUGCUAGGAUCAGGCUCUCCAAUCCCAACCCCCUCGCUUUGUGCUGCACUGAUCAGAUUGGCAUUGCCAAGCAGGUGGCUGCGGGCAUGGCGUACCUCUCAGAGCGCAAGUUUGUGCAUCGGGAUUUGGCCACCAGGAAUUGUUUGGUGGGUGAGAAUAGGGUGGUAAAAAUUGCCGAUUUUGGCCUCUCAAGGAAUAUCUAUUCAGCAGACUAUUACAAAGCCAAUGAAAACGAUGCCAUUCCCAUACGUUGGAUGCCCCCUGAAUCGAUAUUCUACAACCGCUACACCACCGAGUCCGAUGUGUGGGCCUAUGGUGUGGUCCUGUGGGAGAUUUUCUCCUAUGGCAUGCAACCCUAUUAUGGGAUGGCUCACGAGGAGGUGAUUUACUACGUAAGAGAUGGCAACAUCCUCUCUUGCCCCGACAACUGUCCUUUGGAGCUCUACAACCUGAUGCGCCUUUGCUGGAGCAAGCUGCCUUCUGACAGGCCCAGUUUCGCCAGCAUCCAUCGCAUCCUGGAGCGUAUAUAUGAGAGGGCAAUGGCUGCUAUCCAUGUCUGAGUGCUGGCUUCAGCUGAUCACUCCUCCUCCUUUCCCUUCACCUGGCGUAGGAAGUCCUGAAACCCUGACUGCUGUUUCCGUGCU